AUGCGUCACACAGCUGUAUCAUGCUGGCAGCUGUUCCUGAGUCUGGCUGUACUGCUAAUAUUCAUGGGACCCACCAUAGGCUGCCCAGCCCGCUGUGAAUGCUCAGCACAGAACAAAUCUGUCAGCUGUCACCGAAGGCGUCUGAUGUCCAUCCCAGAGGGCAUUCCCAUUGAGACCAAAAUCUUAGACCUCAGCAAGAACCGACUGAAGAGCAUCAACCCUGAGGAAUUCACGUCGUACCCUCUGCUGGAGGAGAUCGACCUCAGUGACAAUAUAGUUGCCAACGUGGAGCCUGGAGCCUUUAACAAUCUCUUCAACUUGCGCUCCCUGAGGUUGAAAGGAAAUCGUCUGAAGCUGGUCCCCCUUGGGGUGUUCACUGGGUUGUCAAACUUAACAAAGCUCGAUAUAAGUGAAAACAAGAUUGUAAUUUUGCUGGACUACAUGUUCCAAGAUCUGCAUAACCUAAAAACCCUGGAGGUUGGGGACAAUGAUUUAGUUUAUAUAUCACACAGGGCCUUCAGUGGACUGCUUAGCUUGGAGCAGCUCACCCUAGAGAGAUGCAACCUCACAGCUGUACCAACAGAAGCUCUUUCUCACCUCCACAACCUCAUCAGUCUGCAUCUGAAACAGCUCAAUAUUAAUGCUUUGCCAGCAUAUGCCUUUAAAAGACUGUUUCGCCUGAAAGACCUAGAGAUAGAAGCCUGGCCCCUCCUGGACAUGCUACCUGCCAACAGUCUGUAUGGUCUCAACCUUACUUCUCUCUCCAUCACCAACACCAACCUGUCUGCAGUACCUUACUCUGCUUUUAAACAUCUAGUUUACCUGACACAUCUAAAUCUCUCUUACAACCCUAUCAGCACUAUUGAAGCAGGCAUGCUUUCAGAUUUAGUGCGCCUGCAGGAACUCCACAUGGUGGGGGCCCAGCUACGUACCAUUGAAUCACAUGCUUUCCAAGGGCUCCGAUUCUUACGUGUGCUUAAUGUGUCCCAAAACCUGUUAGAAACCCUAGAAGAGAAUGUAUUUCAUGCCCCCAAAAGCCUUGAGGUCCUCUGCAUUAACAACAAUCCUCUGGCCUGUGACUGCCGUCUCCUUUGGAUUUUACAAAGGCAACCUACUUUGCAGUUUGGAGGCCAGCCACCAAUGUGUGCUGGCCCAGACAGCGUCAAAGAGAGGUCAUUCAAAGACUUUCACAGCACAGCUCUUUCCUUUUACUUCACCUGUAAGAAGCCCAAGAUACAAGACAAGAAGUUGCAAUACUUGGUAGUGGAGGAAGGGCAGACAGUACAGUUGAUGUGCAAUGCUGACGGGGAUCCGCAGCCUACCAUAUCCUGGGUUACCCCACGUCGGAGACUAAUCACAACUAAAUCAAAUGGAAGAGCCACUGUACUGGGAGAUGGCACCCUGGAGAUCCGAUUUGCUCAAGAUCAGGACACUGGGAUCUAUGUUUGUAUUGCAAGUAAUGCAGCUGGGAACGACACCUAUUCAGCCUCCCUUACAGUAAAGGGGUUUACUUCAGACCGUUUCCUUUAUGCCAACAGGACCCCUAUGUAUAUGACAGAUUCCAACGACACAAGUUCCAAUGGAACUAAUGCGAAUACCUUCUCUCUGGACCUUAAGACAAUAUUGGUGUCCACAGCUAUGGGCUGUUUCACAUUCCUUGGAGUGGUUCUAUUUUGUUUCCUCCUUCUUUUUGUGUGGAGCCGAGGGAAAGGCAAACACAAAACCAGCAUCGACCUCGAGUAUGUCCCUCGCAAAAACAAUGGUGCUGUGGUUGAAGGGGAGGUUGCUGGACCACGAAGGUUCAAUAUGAAAAUGAUUUGAUGGUAUUCUGCUAACAGUGCUUUUCUGUGGCAUUAAAACCCAAUUAAACCAGCCUGGCAUGUGGAAUUGCUAGGCAGAAGAAGCUUAAUGCAGCUGUCACUGUAUCUAAAGGUUACAUGAAAAUGGAAAGACUAUUUGUGGUUAUACAGCAGAGCCUCCAGACCUUGAGGCAGAUAUGUCAGGGCCUUUCAUAGAACUGGUAAAUUGUACUAACUGUUUGCAUUGCAAAUGUUGGCAUUCUGGGGAUAUUAGCAAUGAACCGCUGGCUCAUGCUCAUGGACAAUUGUUCAACAUUUUCUAUCACUACAAAAACAAAAAGAAAAAAAAGCCUACAGUGUAGGAUUUACAUAUUUAAUGAAAAAGACACAUUUGUCUAAAACAUACUCUACAGUGAAAUUUGUAUCUAUAGAUCUCAUUUGGUAAAACCUUGCAUCAUCCCUUCUAGUUGGUU